AUGGCUGCUGUGAUCAGCCGACGUUUAGAGGUUGGCAUCAUCGAUCCAGAGGAGGACGAGAUGACGACAGGGAUGGAUGCCCAGGCAGGGUGGCUCACAACGACGUUGGAAAAAAUCUAUGGUCUUCAGAAGGAUGAGGUCGGUGGCAUCAAUGAUUGUGUCAUCACACUCUUCCAUGCAACCAGUCGCCUGUGGCAUGACAAGGUGCUUGGGCUCCCUUCAGUGGCGGCAGCAGUGGAACAACUGGAUAUCUUGAGCAUGGUACGGAACCUAUUAAAGGAGGCAAUCGAGCAAGAUGUGAUGCCUCAGCUCCUUGGUAUGGAGGAACAUCUCAUGGCUCGGCUAGGGGUUAUGAUGAGUAGCGAAGGCAAACCACCACCUCCUGCUGUGACGACAACCUCCUCCAUCACUUCACUCCCUGAACGGAUGGAUGAUGAGUUCGAGUGGGAGGAACUGCCCUCGGGCAAAGCAAUGGAUAAUAUCCAUGCCUCACCUGGAUUGAAAAAUCCACUGAAACAAGAAGAGGACGAUGGGCUCUGGUACAUCAAACACAGCCAAUGGAACCCUGGAGUGGGCAGCGCCACAGUGGUCAACCAACAACAACGACCCCAACACAAUCAUGUCCAACCAGGGGAUUCGGAGACAGGGAAGCAGCAGCAGCAGCAGCAGCAACAACGACAGAAACAGCAACAACAGCAACAGCAACAACAACAAUGGCAGCGACAACAACAACAACAGCAACAGCAACAACAGCAACAGCAACAACAGCAACAACAACAACAGCAACAACAACAACAGCAACAACAACAACAGCAACAACAACAACAGCAACAACAACAACCUCCUGAAGAAGAGCUUCCUUCCCAUGCAGCCGCUGAUGAAGGAGUGGCGAACAAUGGAAGGCUGGGAUGCAUCAUGUUCAAUGAGGCACAUGGGAUCGUAGAAGAUCAACUGUUCCGUCCAGCCUACCUCGAUGCCGUCCGGAAGCUCAUGCAGCUGCAGAAUGCCCCCAUCCUUUUUACAUCGGGCACGAUGUCGUGGGGUUUCACUUGGAAGUUUUGGAAGGCUGCUGACCUCCUGUAUCGUCCAGACCAGUCUGCGGUGGUGAUCCACACGAGGACCCAAUGGCCACAGAUCUUCUACCAGUUCGUGGUACUGGGGAUGGGUCAAGAGCCUUGCAAGACGGAUCUUCCAGACGUUGUAACGGGUCUAUCAAUCUAG